AUUUGCCGCUCAAUGUCUCUCUGUAAUUGGAGCAACAUCACUUUAAAGGUUCAGAGAGUACAGCAUUUCUGGUGAAAAAUCCCCACAACACGCCGGUGAAUGUUUUAAAGGGAAAUCUAUUAGUGACUUGCGGAGGGCGGGGAGCAGGCGGCGGGGGAGGCGCGGGCUCCGGCCGCAGGGACGGGAGUGGGGGGCUCGCCGGGGGCCCCUGCUCUGGGCCGCCGCCCCAGCCCGCGCGGGCAUCCGGGCGCUGAGCACCCCCCGUCCUGCCUCCCGCCCCCUCCCCCGUCUUGUUGUGACAGUUCCUGAUACUGUUUAUUGAGGUGCAUGUCAGGUAUAAUUAGCAAUCGAUAUGGAAAACGUUUCCCUGCACCCAGCACGCCUGUGACGUCAGAGCCGAUUAGCGCUUCUUAUUGGUCCCAAAUUCCCCGGGCCGCGGCUAAUUAUCGGGAGCUUGAUGUUGAUAAAGUAAAGCGCCGGAGUGCGGGCGAAGCAUGUGUAGGGCUCCGGGUCCCUGUCUCCGCCGCCGCCGCCGCCGCCGUCCGCGCCUCCCGCCGCUGGCCCGCCCCGGCCCCGGCCCGAGUCCCCACGCCCCGCCGCCGACCCCGCCGGCCCCCCGCGCGAGAUGAUGGACGGCCGCCUCCUGGAGCACCCGCAUGCCCAGUUUGGAGGCUCGCUGGGCGGCGUGGUGGGCUUCCCCUACCCGCUGGGCCACCACCACGUGUACGAGCUGGCCGGCCACCAGCUGCAGUCGGCCGCCGCCGCCGCCUCUGUGCCCUUCUCCAUCGACGGCCUGCUCAGCGGCUCGUGCGCCGCCGCCGCCUCGGUGGUCAACCCCACACCUCUGCUGCCCGCCGCCUGCGGGGUCGGCGGGGACAGCCAGCCCUUCAAGCUGUCAGACUCGGGGGACCCGGACAAGGAGAGCCCCGGCUGCAAGCGGCGGCGCACCCGCACCAACUUCACCGGCUGGCAGCUGGAGGAGCUGGAGAAGGCUUUCAACGAGAGCCACUACCCCGACGUGUUCAUGCGCGAGGCGCUGGCGCUGCGCCUGGAUCUUGUCGAGUCCCGAGUCCAGGUCUGGUUCCAAAACCGCAGGGCCAAGUGGAGGAAGAAGGAGAACACCAAAAAGGGGCCGGGUCGGCCGGCUCACAACUCGCACCCGACCACGUGCAGCGGGGAGCCCAUGGACCCCGAGGAGAUCGCGCGCAAGGAGCUGGAGAAGAUGGAGAAGAAGAAGCGCAAGCAUGAAAAGAAACUACUGAAGAGCCAGAGCCGCCACCUGCACUCGCCUGGCGGUCUGUCUCUGCACAGCGCUCCCAGCUCCGACAGCGACAGCGGUGGCGGCGGCCUCUCCCCGGAGCCGCCAGAGCCGCCGCCACCCGCCGCCGCCGCCGCCAAGGGCCCCAGCGCGCACGCCUCUGGCACCGCGGCGUCGGUGCCCGCACCUCCUGGCGAGCCGCCUGCGCCCGGCACCUGCGACCCAGUCUUCUACCCGAGCCAAAGAAGCGGCGCUGGCCCGCAGCAGCGGCUGUGCCGCCCUGCGGACAAAGAUGCAGCCCCGUGUGGACCCGGGUCGGCGGCGGCGGUGGCGGUGGAGCGCGGCUCCGCGGGCUUGCCCAAGGCCAGCCCGUUCAGCGUGGAGAGCCUGCUGUCCGACUCGCCGCCUCGCCGAAAAGCCGCUGCCACCAACGCCGCCGCCGCGGGACUGGACUUUGCGCCCGGGCUGCCGUGCGCGCCACGGACCCUCAUAGGCAAGGGCCACUUUCUGCUCUACCCGAUCACGCAGCCGCUCGGUUUCCUGGUGCCGCAGGCCGCACUCAAGAGCGGCGCGGGCCCGGAGCCGGUGCCCAAGGACGCGCCGCCCGCUCCUGCUGCGCCACCCGCGCCGCCGGCGCAGGCCAGUUUCGGGGCUUUCUCCGGGCCCGGCGGCGCUCCGGACUCGGCCUUCGCACGCCGCAGCUCCGACGCGGUCGUCUCCCCUGGGGCCCCGGCCCAGGCGCCUUUCCAGGACCUAGCCUCCGCGGCGACAACCGAGGGCGGUGUCGGGGACUGUGGGGAUGCGGGGACAACCUGCCCUGCGGUCCCGCCGCCCCCGCCGCCCCUGCCGCUUGCGCAGUCGCCGGUGCCGGGCCCGCGGGCUCCCAGCCCAGCCGGGGAGCCAGCCACCUGCGGGGGCCCAGAGCCAAGCGCUGCGGCUGGACCCAGCCCGCCCGAGGGCGAGGAGGUGGACAUGGACUGAGCACCGCUCGGGAGAGGCGCUGAGCCGCCCGCGCCCGCUCGCUCAGGCUCCGACUCAACGGAUCAGGUGAUCGGCUCUAGAAACACUGCUUUCCCCUCUUUUCUUUUGUUUUCUUCCUUUUAUUCUUUUUAAAACUAAACAAAAACGCUGUAUCAAUUCGGACUAGGCAGCAACUGCAGGACUUGGGGUGAGACCCUCCUCCCCCCAAGGAAGCAAAAAGAACCUAUAUCCCCCACAAAAACCCACAACAAGAAUCCUCAGCCUUGUAAAAUGCAAAAAUGUCUAAGAAUAUUUAUAUAUGUACCAUUUUUGAUAAAUA